UUGUUGACAAAAUGCGGGGUUUUUCUCUUGUUGGCGAAAUGUGUGUUGGCAGAAUAUAUUUAUUUUUUGGCGGGCUUUAAAUUUUUUGAAUAUUAUUUUGAAUUUAAAAUUAUUUUUUAAAAUUAAUUUCAGUUUUUGGAUUUUACAAAUAUUUAUUUUUUCAUUCUCUACAUAAAAAAGAAAAAAAAAUUUGUUCUACUUUAUCAUUUUAUUUUUACAUUUUUUUGACUUGAGAAAAUAUGGCUGUGCUUAUAAUAAGGUUGUCUUAAAGAUUUUUUCUAAAAUUAUGUUUUGUAGAAAUGACAAUGAUUGUGAAGAGGUAUAUAAUAGAACAACAGUUUUUUGUUACACAAGAAUGCCUAGAUCCAGUUUAUGGGAAUAUGUUGAAAAAUUGGAAUUGUUGACUUCAGAUAGGCAAGCUCUUUUCUUUAAAAUAGAUGUUGACAUUUUUGCAGCUCCAGAUUCUUUACCUGAUCUCAAGGAUUGGUACAUUCUCAGCGUUGUUUUAAAAGCACAUAACGGCCCUUUCUCUUUUGGCAUUUUAGUCAAACUUUUUUAUGAAUGUUUUCCACUCAAAUUAAUGGUUGAUUUUUCUUCUACAAAAAUGUUUAUUAGCAGUGGAAGCCUUACAAACGAUGGAAAAUCGCUUGGAGCAAGCGAAUUGGAAGCAUUCCUUCGAUUAUCAAGUCAUCAUAAACAAACAAUGGUUAAUUCUGUGGAAGUUGCUGAACGUUUCAAAGCCUUUUCAAGUACACACAAACCUACAGAUGUAUUAAGCUCUAAAGGACCUUCAUUUUUAGUAGAAUUAGCAAAUAGAUAUAAUAUAAUUGGUGGAUAUUGGAUUAUGUUUUUUCAAGAUUUGGAUAUUUCUCAAAGAGAAGGCGCUUUCAAUCUCUUACUUGAAUCUGCAUACAAAAAUUGGGGACCUAUAAGUCGUUUCAAUGCAAAAAUUUCUUCUGAUAAUUUUAUUAUUUGUUUUGGAAAUAAAUUAACCACAAGUAUAAUGAACCCAGCAAAUUUGGACUCUUCUCGACGCAAAACUGAAGUAACUGAUCCUGGUGCUUUAAAAGUUAGACAAAUUGUUGAUAAAAUUUAUGCAAAAAAUUGUUAUUAUUUUGGUUCAAUGCAUAUGAAAUAUAAACCAGACAUUAUGAGUGCUUGUUGUGUUCAAAGAAAUAAUUCUAUGAGACCAACAGUUUACCAAGCAGAUUAUAACCCAAAAAAUAUUUUUAACAACAACAACAACAAUAAUUAUAAUAGUUCUCGUUCAAAUACAUCAAUGUCGUCAAGUCAAAACAAUUACAACAACAACAAUUAUGGGUGGAAUGAGAGGUAGAUUUAAAUAAUAAUUUUUUUGCGAGAAAAAAAAAUUUUUUGAGAAAUUUUUUGAAACAAAAUUUUUGACAUAUUUAUUUUUUUGAAAAUAUUAAUAUUUUUGAUACUCCUCCAUUUUUUUCUUUUUUUUUUGUUGGUAAUUUUUUUGUGCGCCAAAAAAGAUUUUUUUAGGUGAGAGAUUUUUAUUUGUUCUAUAUUUUUGUUUAUAAUUUUUUUUUGUCGUGUCUAGUUGUAUCAAAAAUGUCACGGGGGGUUGAGAAAAAAUAGGAUCG